AGAAGUAUUAUCUGAGCUGCCACAGGAUACCUUGACCUUUUCGACAGAGUAUCUUUUACCAUCAUCAUUAUGGCAGAGAUUACAGCAGAAGGACGUAUGUCUACUACAACAACAAUUGUAGAUGGUAAGAACGGAUCUCUUCCUACGACAUCGAUGAAAGUGGGCAAGAAAUCGGUUACAGAAGACCUUGUGACAACGUUCAGCUCACCAGCAGCAUGGCUUCUUGUGGUUGCUCUGAUUGUGACUUGGUCAGCAGUAGCUAUUGUGAUGUUUGACUUGGUGGAUUACAAAGCCUUGGCAGGAAGAUCUGUUAACAAGCUCAGCACAGAACCACUGAGAAUCAUUCAUGAGGCAUUGGAAGAAUCCACUGAUUGGCUUUAUGGCUUUUUUUCUUUACUGUCUGACAUCGUAUGGAGUGAUGAUGAUGACAGUGAUGAAGGUGAAGUGGAACAUUCCCUGAAAAGAAAAGAAAUUCAUAAAGAGAAACUGGAAAGACAUGAGAAACGAGCAUCACCAAAGGUAAUUCAUAGCGACAAACCUGAAAAGCAAGAGAAAAUUGAAAGGAAGGAACCCAUAAAAGUGACACAUAAAGACAAAUUGGAAAGACACGAAAAGCCUGAGAAAAAAGAAAGGCAUACAGUUACACACAAAGAGAAACCUGAAAAGCUAGAAAAACCUGAAAAGAAAUCAUCUUCUAAAGCAAUUCAAAAAGAAAAAGUGGAAAGACAUGAAAAAGUUGAAAAGAAAGCUCCUUCUAAAGAGGAAAAGAAAGUGAAGAGCACAAAAGUGGAAGUAAAAGUUAAAAAGGAAGUGAAGGAUGGAAAAGGCGAAGCAAAGAUGGCUGAGAAACUCCAGCAUGCAGAAACUAAAACAACAGAAGUUGGGCUAGUAAAGGCCAAACCAAAAGUUAAGGAGGAGAAAGCUCUUCAGACUGUAACUAAAUCGGAAAAGAAAGGUAAACAAAACCUGCAGGAAACAGAUGAAGAUCUUAGAAAGGUAGUAGAAAAGAAGCAGAGAGAAUGAAGUUAAAGCUGACAAGGACAAAAGUCCACCCAUGAAAA